AUGGGUGACUUUCUUUUAAAACCACCUGUUCCUGAAGAUGUGGGUUCUGCGCGGUGUGCAAUUUCAAGUGAUAUUAUGAGAAAAAGGAACUUGUCAAUUGGACAAUGGGUUCGAAUAGAUUCUGUGUCGGAGUCAUUGUAUUGUCGUGCAUGGCCAAUUUCGGUACCAGCUGGAAUAAUCCAAGCUGAUAAUUUUAUAAGUAAAAGAGUAAAAGCAUCGAAUCUGGAUAAGCUAUCAUGCUCAUUAGUUCCCUUAAGAGUUAAUCUUCAGGAAGCAAAAGAAGUUAUAAUUUCCAUCAAACUUUAUGAUUUUGAGGAUGGAGAUCAAGAAAAAAGGCAAUUAUAUGGAUUAGGAUUUUUGUGGAAGAACGGAUCGAAUUUUAAUAGAGUUCAGGGGUGUGUUGUUUCUGAUAAAAGACGUGGUUUGGAAAUAAUGAUUCUCGGGACAUCUCCAAAUAACGAAUUAUUCUUUACAAAUAGAAGUCAAAUCUCAAUAGUUGAAAGUUUACAAUACAAAGAUGUCGAUAAUGAAAUCGAUCAAAUAUCGUCAUCUUUAAAAAGUAUUUCAUUAGAAGGGUUUACCAAUAAUAUUCCCGGACUUGAAGAAGCUUAUGAUGCACUUUUUGAAGUAGUUGUUUACCCGUUAUUAUAUCCGGAUAUAAUACAAAAGUUAAAUAUUGAAUGUCCCAAAGGGGUGUUACUUCAUGGACCACCCGGUGUCGGAAAAACAUAUCUUGUUAGCAUAAUCGCAAAGGCUUGUAACGCAAAAAUGAUUUCUAUAGACGGACCUGAUGUAUUUGGGACUUAUGUUGGAGAAAGUGAAGCAAAUUUGAGAAAUAAGUUCUCUCAAGCCAAAAGGAUGACAAUUGAGGAAGAUAAUCCAAUAAUCCUUUUCAUUGAUGAAUUGGAUGCUCUAACACCGCAUCGGGUAGAAUCGCAAUCUCAUGAAUCUCGAGUGGUUGCUCAACUUCUAACAUUAAUGGAUGGUAUGGAAUCACGUGGCAGGUUGGUUGUUAUUGCGACAACCAAUCGACCUAAUGCUAUUGAUCCAGCUUUAAGAAGACCUGGACGAUUUGAUCGAGAAGUAUCAAUUGAUAUACCAAAUGAAAAAGUCCGUCAAAGAAUAUUACAAUUUAAAACGUCACAAAUGACGCUUGGAAAUGAUGUUGAUAUUGGUUUGUUAUCUUCUAUGACUAAUGGAUAUGUUGGUGCCGACUUGGCUUCGCUAUGUCGUGAAGCUGCAAUAAAUGCGGUUCAUCGUCAAAUAAAUUGUGCUUCCGAUAAUAAUUUUGCAAAGCAUGAAGGAUAA